CAUUGCUAACCGUUGAAGAAAGGUGAAGAAGACAAUUUAAAAACUGGCGGAUAGGAUAUUCCUACUAAGGAGUCUCGGAAUAUUUUAGGACAGAAGGACAUCGCUAAAGUAAGAAUGAUAGUGAAUAAAGCAUCGAGUAAGACAAGCAGUUUUGCUUAAAAGGCAGGAACAGAUUACUCAACAAAUUCGUACUAAAGAAAGGCAAACAUGACUGCAGACAAUGAUAUUGAGAUAAAGGAGGCCUUUCAGCGGGCACAAAAAGCUCACAACAACAAGGCCAAGCUUGCUGCCAGUUUGAAAAGCAGAUACAACAAAUUGGAAGACAAAACUGCCUUCCACGAAGAGUUCAUCCAUUACCUGAAGUACGCCAUGAUCGUGUACAAACGGGAGCCAGCCGUGGAGAAUGUGAUUGAUUUUGCCACCAAGUUUGCAACCAGUUUUGAGACCACUAUCAGUGAGGGACAAGAAGAAGAAGAGGAGGAAGAGGAAGAAAAUCCAUUCUUGAACUUCCUGUUCACGUUCCUCUUGGAGUCGCACAAUGCUAACAGUCAUGCAGUUCGUUUCCGUGUCUGUCAGCUCAUCAACAAGCUUUUGGGCAGCAUGUCAGAGAAUGCCCUUAUAGACGACGACCUUUUUGAUCGAAUUCACGAAACCAUGCUGAUUCGUGUCACAGACAAAUUCCCCAACAUCCGCAUCCAGGCUGCGCUUGCCAUGGCAAGGCUGCAGGAGCCCCAGAAUCCAGACUGCCCCACUAUGAAAGCUUACAUGCUGAUCCUUGAGAACGACUCCAACCCUGAAGUGCGGCGUGCUGUGCUGUCCUGCAUUGCUCCCUCUACCAUCUCGCUGCCUAAAAUCCUGAAGCGUACUAGAGACGUGAAGGAGAAAGUCCGAAAGCUGGCAUACGAGGUCUUGGCAGAGAAGGUGCAUAUGCGAGCUUUGACCAUUGCUCAGAGAGUCAGUCUGCUUCAGCAAGGUCUACAUGACUCCUCAGAGUGUGUUAAGGAGGUGGUUAAAUGUAACCUGCUUCCUGCAUGGUUGCGCCUGCUGGACGGGAAGGUUCUUGAUCUCCUACACAGACUGGAUGUGGAGAACUGUGCCGAGAUUGCUUUUGAGGUUCUCCAUGCCCUCUUCUCCAGGGCCGAGAGCCUUGAGGAGCUCCUGCAGGGUGGAGUUAGCCUGGAUGGCAGGAAAUUGAUUCCAGUGGAUGCUUUGACCUGUGAGAACGUGCUGUAUUGGAGAGCGCUUUGCGAGUUUGUUAAGCAGAAAGGAGACCAGGGAGAGGAGAUCUUGGAGCAGUUGGUUCCAGAGGCUGUCAUAUUUGCAGAGUACCUUUAUGGCUAUUUGAAGCGCAUCCCGAUACUGGGCGAGGAGCAGAUGGCUGAUGACACACAGCUGGAGAUGGUCCUGACCAGAGAGUUCAUCGGCAAGCAGCUCAUCCUGCUGGUCGGCUGUCUGGACACAGCUGAGGAGGGCGGACGGAAGCGGGUGCUGGCAGUUCUGCAGGAGAUGUUGGUACUGCCCAACACACCCAUCUCUCUGAUCUCCCUGCUGGUGGAGAAACUCAUGAACGUGCUGAAAGACGAUGACCGGCGCAUAGAGAUGAUUGCUGAGAUUAUCUCUGAGGUGCGUGAACCCAUAGUACAUGUCAACGAACCCAUUGAUGAGAAUGAAAACCGGAAGAAACAAGUCAAGCUGGCAGAGGUGAAGGUCCACAUCAUGGAGGCCAAGCAGGCCCUAGAGGACUGCAUCAGUGCCCAGGACUUUAGCCACGCUGCUGAACUCAAGGACCGCAUCUCUGAGCUGGAGACCCGCAGGGCUCAGCUAGUGGCGGAGGCUGCCCAGCCCGACAGCAAGGAGAAGGAAGUCCGCGUGGAGAAGAGUGAUCCUGAGACCCUGCUCAAAUGUCUGACCAUGUGUGUGGAGCUCAUGAAGCAGAUGAACAUCAAGAAAGGCAUCCGCCCUUCCAUCAAUGCCCUAAUAGAGUCCCUGGUUCUGCCAGGUAUUGCCAAUCCAAACACAGCGGUGAGGAACAUGGCUGUGGUGUGUCUGGGCACAUGUGCUCUCCACAGCAAAGACCUGGCCAACAGGCACCUGGUGCUCUUACUGCAGAUCAGUCAGCUGGACGAGCCCAAGAUCAGGAUAAGUGCUGUGAGGGCUCUGAUUGACCAGCUGCUCCUCAACGGCUUGGACAUAGUCGGCCAGAGCCCUGCGGCCAAGCCUACUCAGAACACGGAUGCACUCAACGAUAGUGAUUCGCAGUCUAACCGCCCAGCUGAAGAGGUGGAGUCGGAGGAUGGCCAGAGCACCGUCCAGAGCAUCCUUAUGAUGCUCACAGACUUCCUGGACAGUGAGGUGGUAGAGUUGCGCACUGAGGUGGCUGAGGGCUUGGCUAAGCUGAUGUACUGUGGCCGAAUCAGCAGUCCCAAACUGCUGUCGCGCCUAGUGCUGCUGUGGUACAACCCGGUCACAGAGGACGACACCAAGCUGCGCCACUGCCUGGGCGUCUUCCUGCAGCUGUACGCCAGAGAGAGCAGAGCUCACCAGGAGUGUAUAGAGGAGAGCUUCCUGCCCACCAUCCGGACGCUGACCCAGGCACCAGCCACCUCUCCGCUGGCCGAGGUGGACGUCUCCAAUGUAGCCGAGCUCCUGACCGAGCUGACCCGCUCCAGCGUCCUCAUCAGGCCAAACAAAGACGUGGCCCUGCAGGGAUUGUCAGUUCACGAUAGCCUGGCAGUGCGUCUGUGUAAUGAGAUCCUGAGGGACCCGCGGGCCCCGGAGGUCCGCCUCUACACAAAGAGCCUGAGCUGCCUGCAACUGAGCACAGAGGACGGCCCACUCACCAAAGACCUGUUGCUGCUCCUCCAGGAGAUCCAAGAGGAGGUAAAGGAUAAGAUCUGCCUUCGGGCGCUGGAGAAGAUUACCAGUCGACUGAAAUGUAACCAGAAGAAGGAUCCUAAAACUCAGGACACCACGCUGCAGGCUCUCGAUGAGAACGCAGGGGAUGUUGAAGAUAUCGGUGUCAAGAGGCCGAGGAGAGGAGGUCAGAAGAAAACUGCAGUUGCCAGGGCCAGGAAAGGCAGCAAAGCACGGGAGUCCUCAGAGGAAAGUGAUGGGGAAAAUAUCCCUGACACACCUGUGGUUCAAAGACCAACCCGUCGGGGGAAGGCGGCGGCUGCUGCUGCAGUAGCAGACAAGACUAAGCAAGAUUUGGCCACCCUCUUGGACCAAGAAGCAAAUGGGUCAUAGAUGACCGAUUCUGGUUAGACUCAGUAGCUAUAUUGUCUGUGAGGUUUUACAACUUGGGUUUCAAGCCCAUUUACAUAACCUUUUUCCUGUUAGCACUUGCUUCAUACUGUACUGGUCAGGUGGUCUUGGUGUUACAAUGCUCUUUGGCAGGAAGAAUGAGCCCUACUUUACAAAAAAAUAUCUUUACAAUUUCUACAACCUUUAAUAUCACACAAAUAACCCUAUACAGUGUAUUAAAUGUUUAAAUUCUAAACCAUGUUUAUUUGGUUAAUAAAUAAAUUCAACACAA